UUCUCUCAACGAGGCCGAAGCUGAAUUUGAUUGAAUGAAAACCGAAAAACGAAGUAAGAGAUCGAAAUGAUAAGGCAUAGCUGAGAAUAGAUGAGAAUAUACGAACUCACCGACCUCAAACACCUAUCAGCAUUUUCAUAUCUCCAAUUGAUUGAAGGUUAUUAACUGUAAUAGGUGAGCCAAUCUCCGCACAAGAACUCAACUCGGAAAUUGAGCAGAAGGGAAAUCGAACAACCGAGAUCCAAAUGACGGAUCCGAACCUGGACCUGCAAGAAUCGGGUUGGGAGGAACUGAGGAAAGAAGCUCGAAAGAUCGAAGGCGAUCUCGAUGUCAAACUCUCUUCAUAUGCUAAGCUCGGUGCUAGGUUCACCCCAGAUACCGGGUCGUCACCAGUCGGGUCAAACAUAUCAUGGAAGUCUAUGGAAAUUGAAAUUCAAUCGUUGCUUGAGAAACUGCUGGACAUAAAUGAUGCUAUGAGUAGAUGUGCUGCAUCUUCUGCACCAACUACUUCAGUAACCCAGAAACUUGCAAGGCAUAGAGACAUACUACAUGAAUUUACUCAGGAAUUCAGAAGAAUCAAGGGAAAUAUAAACUCAAUGAAGGAACAUGCAGAACUUCUGAGUUCAGUAAGGGAUGAUAUCAACGAGUCUAAGGCAUCUGGGAGCAUGUCACCGAGAAUGCAAUUGCUCAGGGAGCGAGCUGCAAUCCACGGGAGCAUAGCUCAUAUAGAUGAUGUGAUUAAUCAAGUUCAUACUACAAGGGCUGUGUUGGGCUCUCAAAGAGCUUUGUUUGGAGACGUUCAAGGGAAAGUAAAAGUUUUAAGUGACAAGUUCCCUGUUAUCCGUGGCUUGCUUGGUUCCAUAAGAAGGAAGCGUUCCAGAGAGACUCUUAUUCUGUCAGCAGUUAUCGCUGCCUGUACAUUGUUCCUCAUUAUCUAUUGGCUCUCGAAGUAACUAGAAAUAUGAGUUGUUAAAAUGUGAAUGCUGAAACUGGUUGUGUUCCGGUAAGAGAAUUUUGCUUUAUAAUUGUUAGAACAGAUCACAUUCUCUAUUAAGCUUGAGGUGCCUUCUUUUUGGUACCAUCAGACAGACACAAUUUUCUUCCUUCUGCAAGUCAUUUGCAUUUGAUGUAGU